AUGGAAGCUUUUAGCUUGCUCAAGUAUUGGCGAGGCGGUGGUACUAUUGCUUGUGUUAAUACACGUUCCACUGCCACUUGCACUACUACUAUCGUGACGGCCGCCACCCCUAAUCUGGCGGUUGACACGGAUUACGACGACGUCGAUGAUGGCCCUUUCUUUGACUUAGAAUUUGCAGUUCCUAAUGAGGAUGGAACAGAGGAAAACGAAGAUAAUGUUGAAGAUGAAGAAAGUCUGGUCUCAAACGACGACGUUGAUACGAAUUCUGACGGUGGCUGCUCCGGUCCUCAAUUCCGUGUCUCGUUUUUGAAGUCAGCUUCCAAAGUUGGGAUUUUUUUGUUGUGGUUGAAGAAAUCAGCCUCCAAUGGCACUGUUACUCCCAAAAAACAAGAAAAAGCGAAAGAACCGAACAGUGUCAACAAUAAGAACAAGUUUUUUACAGUGAAAUUGAAGGUGGAAGAGGUUCCCAUAAUGUCUCUGUUUUCCAAAGACAACAAGUCGCAUAAACAGAAAACCUCCGAAAACUCUGUUUCUGAUGUAAUGCAAAGGUACUUGAAGAAAGUUAAGCCUCAUUACGUUAGGGAGAACUUAAGGUUCUAA